AUGGCAAGGAAAAAUAAGAAAAUUGCACUGCUGGAGGACAAUUGUAAUGCACAUAACAACAUGCUACCAUUGAAGAAUGUAGAACUACGCUACUUCCCCCUGAACUGUACUUUGAUUCUUCAGCCUCUAGACAUGGGGAUAUUAAGAACUUCAAGACAAAAUACUCUUCAAUCUAGUUCAACAAAUGAUUGGAAACAUUGCAAGGUAAGUGGACAUUCUUGUAGUUUCAAUGUGAAGCAGGCCUGUGACAUGAUUGCUAGUUCCCAGAACAGUGUAGAGCUGAAAGUGAUUGCAAACUGCUGGAAAAAAGCAAGGAUUUCUGAAAAUGAAAAAGUUGGUGAGAAAGUUGUGGUGGAUGAAAAAAUGGAGGGUGAUGUUCAAAGCGAUCUUGAGAGGUAUUCAUCAAUAAUUGGUAAAACCAUAGGUGUAUCAAUAGUUGAAUACAUGUCACUGGAUGAUGAGGCACUGGUAUUUAAGGCACACACAAAUGAAUCUAUCAUCAAAGAGUUGAAGGGUAAUUUGCCUGUUGAAGAUGCUGAUGAUGACAGUCAUGUGAUAAGUGAGAAUCCUCCUCCUCUGAUGGAACUAAUAGGUCAGUUGGAAGCUAUCCAGCAAGUAGCAUCUUCAGUCCCCUGUGUUUCAGCAAAACAAUUGGCUGCGUUGAAGGAGAUAAAGACAAUAUUUAUUUACAAGAGAAUCAUUAAGAAAAAUGAAACAAACGAAAGUAUAUGA